UUCUUAAAUCUUUUGAUCAACAAUAGGAAAGAAGAGUUAAAAGAAAACUAAAUGCAUUUAUAUUGAGUUAUUGGACUUUUUCUUUAAUAGAAAAUAAAAAGGGAGUUUGAGGUUAACAGUAUUAAUGGCUAUUUCUUUUUUCACAUAAAUGAUUGGUUAUAUUGGCAUACUAAUAAGAAGACUUCUACUGCUACACUUGAGAGUACCACUCAAUAAAAGUUCCAUUUUUUUUUUUUUUUUUACCACUUUGUGCCUUUGAGAGUUUGAGUGUACAAAGUGAAUGGGUUGAAUCUUUUGGGCCUCUGCUAGCUAGCUUCUUGUCUCCAACAACAACAGCAAGAUUAGUUAUAUUGUGGAGAAAAAAAAAGGGAAGAAAUAUGGCAGCUUACUUUCAUGGAAAUUCAUCAGAAAUACAAGGAGGAAAUGAUGGUUUACAAACUCUAAUACUUAUGAAUCCUAACUAUGUUGGAUUUUCUGACACACAACAACAUCAUCAUCAGACACAACAUCCAACACCAAAUGGAAGCAACAACCUCGUUUUCUUCAACUCCAAUACUCCUGGAAAUUCCAUAAACUUACCUCACGCGCCACCACCACCGCCACCACCUUCUUCGCAACAACAACAAUUCAUCGGUAUACCUCUCGCCACCACCGCCUUCGCCGCCCCUUCUUCUUCUUCUCAAGAUGGUAAUAAUAAUAACAACGAUUCAAUUAACGCGCUUCACGGCUUCCUAGCUCGGUCGUCCCAGUAUGGUUUUUACAACCCGUCUAAUGACAUCACGGCGGCGCGUGAGGUUACACGCGCUCAUCAACAAGGUCUUUCACUUAGUUUAUCAUCACAACAACCAGGGUUUGGGAACUUCACGGCGGCGCGUGAGAUUGUUUCACCUACCGCCGCCACUGGGGGAUCAACGUCAUCCGCUUCCGGGGUGCAACAACAGAAUACUCUGCCUUUGAGUUCUAAGUAUUUGAAGGCAGCACAAGAACUUCUUGAUGAAGUUGUUAAUGUUGGCAAGUCAAUGAAACUUACUAGUACUAGUACCAGUGAUGUUGUUAAUAAUGAUGGCAAGAAAUCCAAGAACAUGGCAACAACAACAAUAACUGAUGUGGAUGGACAAUUAGAUGGAGUAGGAGAGAGUAGCAGUAAACAUGAAGGUGCUGCAGAGUUAAGUACAGCAGAGAGGCAAGAAAUUCAGAUGAAGAAAGCAAAACUUGUAAACAUGCUUGAUGAGGUGGAGCAGAGGUACAGACAUUACCAUCACCAAAUGCAGACAGUGAUACAUUGGUUGGAGCAAGCUGCUGGCAUUGGAUCAGCAAAAACAUACACAGCAUUGGCUUUGCAGACGAUUUCGAAGCAAUUUAGGUGUCUGAAGGACGCGAUAAUUGGCCAAAUACGAUCUGCAAGCAAGACGUUAGGCGAAGAGGAUAGUUUCGGAGGGAAAAUCGAAGGUUCGAGGCUUAAAUUUGUUGACAAUCAGUUAAGACAACAAAGAGCUCUGCAGCAAUUGGGAAUGAUCCAGCAUAAUGCUUGGAGACCUCAGAGAGGAUUGCCCGAACGAGCUGUUUCUGUUCUUCGCGCUUGGCUUUUCGAACAUUUCCUCCAUCCUUAUCCCAAGGAUUCGGACAAAAUGAUGCUAGCAAAACAAACAGGGCUAACAAGGAGUCAGGUGUCGAAUUGGUUCAUCAAUGCUCGAGUUCGUCUUUGGAAGCCGAUGGUGGAAGAGAUGUACUUGGAAGAGAUCAAGGAACACGAACAGAAUGGAUCAGAUCAAGAAAAGACUAGCAAAUUAGGUGAACAGAACGAAGAUUCAACAACAUCAAGAUCCAUUGCUCCACAAGACAAAAGCCCUGGUUCAAAUAGCCAGAACAAGAAUUGUGUCUCUAAACAGGACAACUCUGUUUCAACAAUUCCAAUGUCCAAUGCCACUUCCAUAUCACCUAUUGGUAUGAGCAUUCGUAACCAAUCCGGUUUCAAUCUCAUUGGAUCACCAGAGAUCGAAAGCAUCAAUAUUACUCAAGGGAGUCCAAAGAAACCAAGGAGCAACGAGAUGUUGCAUUGGAGUCCAAAGAAACCAAGGAGCAACGAGAUGUUGCAUUCGCCAAACAUGGAUGUAAAGCCUAAUGAGGAACAAAUGUCGAUGAAGUUUGGGGACGAUAGGCAGGACAGAGACGGAUUCUCCCUAAUGGGAGGACCGAUGAACUUCAUGGGAGGAUUCGGAUCCUAUCCCAUUGGAGAAAUUGCUCGGUUUAGCACCGAGCAAUUCUCAGCACCGUACCCUGCCAGUGGCACAGUUUCACUCACUCUUGGCCUACCACAUAAUGAAAAUCUCUCAAUGUCAUCAACACACCACAGUUUCCUUCCAAUUCCCACACAAAACAUCCAAAUUGGUGAAGCAAAUCAUGAGUUUGGUAGCCUAAACACACCAACAUCAGCUCACUCAACAACAAGUGUGUACGAAAACUUCAACAUUCAAAACAGAAAGAGGUUCGCCGCAACCUUGUUACCAGAUUUUGUCGCCUGACAAAAAAAAAACAGAAAUUAGCGAUGGAUGACUUUUGUCGCUAAACAAGAAUAGGAAUUAGCGACGCACAACUUCUGUUGUUGAACAGCAAAAAACCCGCCUUUAGUAUAUUGUUUCUCCUCUAUUUCCCUAUGCGUUAGGAAAGAAGGGAAUUAUUAUCAUCAUGGUAGUGUAAAGAAUCAAGAAACAAGUUUUACAUAGUUACAUAGUCCUAUACAUUGGAGAUGAAGAACCAUUUAAGUUCUUCAAAAUAGAUAUUCUAGGCUACUUCUAGACGAUAUUUAUGGUUGAGGGUUUGUAUAUUAAUUUUGUUGCUGCAGCUAGCAUAGUUAAUUGGGAUUGUUAUAUUGGAUGUGGAAGAAAUUAGUUAUUUUGGGUGGUAUAAAAAAAUAACACUCCAUCCAUUUUAGCCAAA